GAGUUAGACGUUUUAAUGUGCCUUACUCAAUUUUCUCAGGGCGCGAGUACUAACAAUGCCGCUGAUAAACGUAGUCUUGCGCACCGGUAAUUAUAUAAAAAUUCGUCUUCUAUUAAACAAUGGAUCAACUGUACUUGGAGAUCGAAAUAAGCACACAGAAUGAAGAAACCUUAAUAUACGCUACAGUGCCUUCGUUUAUCGUGCUCUACACAUAUCGCUACCUCCAUGAACCGAAGAACAUAAAAUUGAAUUUUGUGGCAACAAAAAUAAAGACUGGAAAAAUACCUUUACGCAGCACCCAGCUGCGCCGCGAACUUACCGAUCAUCAUAUUAUAUUGAAAGAUGCUGCAACUUUGCCAGCGAUUCGCGAUCUACGUCUUCCCAUCUACGGUAGGGAAGAAAACACCUAUAUUGCCGGAUUGUGUGCUGUUUGUAGGGAACUUAUUAAUCGUCAGCCUAAUGCUGAGUUGUGCAAGCUGUUGGGAUUUAAGUCUAGUUGUUUACUGGCACCCGCUGAGGCUUCCGUUUGGACACGUUUCUGUGAGGUUGACGUUGUCAACGCGGUUAGUCAGCUGCAUGAUGGUGGGAUGUUGGAAGAGGUGCCUAAUCCUGUAGUACGUUUCGAGCAGCACAUGAAUGAACCAGUGCGCAUGCAUAACAUAUACAAACAGGCCAGGGAACAGGCAAAUCAGAGUGAGAAUGAUUCAAAGUGCACCCGCAAGGGACGAAUUGUUAUUAAUUGCAGCACGCCGAAGGAAGAGCUACUGAUUGAGCAUCGUUUCGCAGAGGGAGUUAGCUUCACCAUUGCAGACUUAAUACUCUAUCCAAUGUUUCGUCUAGUCUUUCAGCAAUGUCCCCAAAUGCUAUCGCACUUUCCAUUGAUGAGCACUUGGCUUUGCGAGGUAGACGCAUUUGACGGGUCAUGUGCGAGAAUUCUAAACGAACUCUAUGUGCCAUAUUGUGCACAUCUAACAGAGAAGCUUCUCAGCAUUCCAGACUGUGAGGCGACCAGUCUCUAUAAGGCCGAUCCUAAGCGAUAUCGACCGCGCAAUCGUAUUUAUACCAUCCAGUCUGAAGUUGACGCAGCCUUAUCAAAGUUAGCGCAGCUGCACUUGAACUUCACAGCCGAAUCCGAGCACUCAUUCGGCGACAGACUGAUUGACUGGCAGCAAAUAGAGCCCGCACAUGCCGAAAGUUCGGCUCUGCCCAAGGAGCGACUAGAACGUAAGCGUCAGCAGUUGGAGAACAUGGCAAACGCUGUAGUCUCUCUGGCGCGUUCUGGCGAUCGAAUAGUCGAUUUUUGCAGCGGUACCGGACACUUGGCCAUUUUGCUGGCCCUUAGAUUGCCGCACUGCACUAUUAUUGUCACCGAGAAUAAGGCCUAUUCGUUGGCGCACGCACAGAAACGCGCAGCAGAACUUAAGCUGAACAAUUGCAUAUUCUAUCAGUGCAAUAUAGACUACUUUGUGGGGUGCUUCGACAUUGGCGCUUCGCUGCACGCUUGUGGCACAGCAACAGACAUUGUUCUGCAGCAAUGCCAGCGUGUGAAUGCGCGAUUUGUUUGUUGUCCUUGCUGCUACGGUUCCCUACAGCCCAUGCCACAUAUAGCGUAUCCGUUGAGUGAAUGCUUUCGCGAGGUACUGAAUACUAAGGACUAUUUGUAUAUAGCGCACACAGCAGAUCAGGCACACGAGUUAGGCACAACGAACUGUAAGCCAGAAACUACUCUCCAAGGCUUGAAUUGCAUGUGCAUAGUAGAUACGGAUCGCAAGCUGCAGGCGGAGGAAGCAGGCUAUGAAGUGAUAUUGACGCGGCUAAAACCGGAGCAGUGUACACCAAAAAAUCAUUUGUUAAUUGGACGAUAUGUGGGCGGAAAAGAUGCAAGAUGAUCGUCACUUUGCUUGAUUGAUUUUACUAACUCAAUAAACUUGUGUA